UCAUCAUCAUCAUCAUCAUCACCACCAUCAUCAUCAUCAUCAUCACAUUCAUUAUCAUAUCCAGUUGGUUUUUAUUGGAGCCAAGAAAAAUAUCCAAAUCCAUUGGUAGAUCCAUAUGGAUGUAGACAGCCAAAAAGUUCAUUACUCUGUGAUCCAGAUCAAAUUCUCGAUCCAAUCGAAGCAAAUGAAAUACGAGAUUUACUUGAAAAAUAUCAAAAUUCAAAUAAAUGUUUCUGCCAUCAAUGUCCAUCGGGUGAAGCUGGAAUCAAAGUGGCCAUUGCAUUAGCUCGUAACAUCAAUACUGAUGAUUCUCGUCAUGCAUUGAAUGAUGCAUCACAACAGUUUGCCGAUUAUCUAAGAAAUAAAUGGCGUUAUUCAUUAUGUAAUGAUUCAAUUCUAUUACUUAUGGUACAAUCAUAUCCUGUACACAAAUCAUCGAUAACCACUUCUUUGGGUCGUAUUGCUGAACGUGUAUUUCCGCAUCAAUUUUUCUCUCAACUUAUUUAUAAUCAUUCGAUGAUGAUGACUACUACAUCAACGACUAGUACAUCAUCAUCAUCAUCAUCAUCAUAUCAAGCUGAUUAUUCGAAGAAUGAUGAUAUUGGCCUUGGUGUUGUGAUCGGUGUUCGUGGCGAUAACCAUUUCCAGUUAUUACGUUCUAUUUUGAUGGCCAUCAAUGAACAUGUCGAACAGAUAGAUGAUCCAUCCAUCUAUCAACAGGAGGACCCGAUUACAAUGUUAGCGGCAGGUUCUAUCACUGAUUCUAAUGGUGGUGGUAGUGGUAGUAGUAGUAAUUCCGCUGUUGUCGUUGUUGCCAUUAUCAUUGGAUUUAUAUUCUUUUUGACCAUUGUAGUGGGUACCGUUAUGUUGAUGAAACGACGUUUUGAACAUGAACCAGAUUCAGAAUUACCCGAUAUGGAUCCACCAAUUGGAUAUGAAACGGUAUCGACAAAUGAACCACGUAAAUCAUUGGUUCCUAUGGCAGUCAUCGAUGACGAUGACGAUGACGACAACAACAACGAUGAUGAUAAUGAUAAUGAUGAUGAUGGCCAUGAACAACAACAGCAACGAACAACAAAUGUUAUUGAUGAUGAUAGUAAUGAUGAUGAAACAAGCCAUAUAUUGGGCGAUGAAAGCCAAAUACGUACGCCCAAUGAUUCUCCUGAACAAACCAGAUGAUUUUUGUAAUGAGAAUCUAAUUAGCCAAAAUUAAAAACAAAAAAAAAAAAAAAAAUACAACCACAUUCCAGUUGUCCAUUCCAGUCCCAUCUGCAUAUAUUCAAUGAUGAUGAUUAUGAUUAUUAUUAUUAUUAGUAAAAAAGCAUUCCCAUGUGUCAUUCACUACCUA